CUUUCAAUCUGGCAACCCAACGCUCUGCUCCGCACAAGAUGGCGGCGCUCAGCGAUUCACAGCUACGUCGAUCCGUCUGUUUGUCCCUCUGUACUUUAUAAAAGACUUUGUUGAGCCGCAGUCAUGUCACCUUCAGAGAACGACAGUAAAGUACCCGGAUUGAGAGGAGUCAGAACUACGUCACUGUUCCGCGCGGUCAACCCGGAACUCUUCAUCAAACCUAAUAAACCGAUGAUGGCGUUCGGCCUGGUCACCGUCACGCUGUGUGUGGGGUAUCUCGGCUAUCUGCACGCUGUGAAGGAGAACUCUCGGGAGCUUUAUGAGGCCGUGGACAGCGAGGGUGAGAGAUACAUGCGCAGAAAAACCUCCAAGUGGGACUGAGAGACGUCACAGACGUGCAGAGAGACGUAUUUUAGAGCCUCGACUCCAUUCGCCGUUGAUGAUUUUACUCUAAACACCGGAUUCAGUUCAUCAAUAACUUCUAAUGAAGACCAAGUGUGUUUCUGUGUGUCUGCACGUCCGCAGCUCUGAGUCGUAGAGCCGUGACGUACACGAUAAACCUGCCCGGGUUUGUGUUUCCUUACCAGUUAACUGUGAGAAGAAAACGUGAAGAUCAGCGUUGCGUUUAUCUUAAAUAAAUAAAACAUCAUCGUGAUGGUGA